CGGGCGGGCCUCGUGGUCCCGGGCCGGCCAUUUAGCUCCGGCGCCGGGGUGACCCUUCCUUUCGCGCGCUCCGGUUGCGGCUUCCGUGGUCGCUGCGCUUCAGUUCCCUGUCCCUCCCCCGUCGGUGCCACCCAGCAGCAGCGCUGUCAUGGCAGACCAGGCCCUCUCCUUCGCCAAGGAUUUCCUCGCGGGCGGCGUUGCCGCGGCCAUCAGCAAGACGGCGGUGGCGCCCAUCGAGCGGGUCAAGCUGUUGCUGCAGGUGCAACAUGCAAGUAAACAGAUUUCGGCGGAUAAACAGUACAAAGGAAUAAUUGAUUGUGUAGUCCGCAUCCCUAAAGAGCAAGGAAUCCUGUCCUUCUGGCGUGGGAAUUUGGCCAAUGUCAUUAGAUACUUCCCAACUCAGGCUCUCAACUUUGCCUUCAAGGAUAAGUAUAAGCAAGUGUUCUUAGGAGGAGUAGACAAGCACACACAGUUCUGGAGGUAUUUUGCCGGUAAUCUGGCCUCUGGUGGUGCAGCGGGCGCUACCUCCCUCUGCUUCGUCUAUCCUUUGGAUUUUGCAAGAACCCGUCUGGCUGCUGAUGUUGGAAAAGCUGGUGCUGACAGAGAAUUCACUGGCCUGAGGGACUGUCUAGUAAAAAUCUUCAGGUCUGAUGGCCUGCGUGGCUUAUAUCAGGGGUUCAAUGUCUCUGUCCAGGGUAUCAUCAUCUAUAGAGCUGCCUACUUUGGAGUCUAUGACACAGCAAAAGGUAUGCUCCCAGAUCCUAGGAAUACUCAUAUCGUGGUAAGCUGGAUGAUUGCACAAACAGUGACUGCAGGAGCAGGCGUGGUCUCCUACCCCUUUGAUACAGUACGACGUCGAAUGAUGAUGCAGUCUGGGCGUAAAGGAGCUGACAUUAUGUACUCUGGAACUAUUGACUGUUGGAAGAAGAUUGCAAGAGAUGAAGGUGGAAAAGCUUUCUUCAAGGGAGCAUGGUCUAAUGUUCUUCGAGGCAUGGGUGGAGCUUUUGUGCUUGUAUUGUAUGAUGAAUUCAAGAAAGUCAUCUAAAAAAAUCCUUCCUAGAAUUGUAAGUUAAAUUGACAAAUCAUGUAGAGUAACUUACCAUUAUGGACCAUUGACCUUCAAGAAAUUCCUGUGCAGUCUUAUUUAUCGGGGCCAGAUCAUGUUUAAAUAGGGCUAUAUACAGCCCUUAGUGAACUGAUGCAUUCUGAGAUACCAUUAUGCAGGCAUCAAAACAGACAAUUCCGCUCACUAGAUUAUCUGUUUUUGGUGUUUGUUGUAAUGGUAGCAGUUCUGGGUCCAAGGCAGCUGAUGUAUAUUAGUCUGGAGAUCAAGCUGAAGUUUCAAGUCCUAUCUUAUAGGAUCAUAAAAUCAUGUUUUGAGAAGCACUCAUUUAACAAAAUCAUGGUUUUUUCCACUUGUACUUAAGCACUAUGUACUGUUUGCACAACUGAACAUCUAGCACGUGUUUUUAAAUCUGGGGCAUUCUGGGAAACAAUAAAGCAUAAUUAACUCUG